UUUGCAGAUCUACCCAUGGGUGAAUCAAUCGAGGAGAUUGCCGAAUCUGUAGAUGAGUUACGAGAGAAACUCGCCAAUAUGAAGAAGCUCAUGAAAGAACGAACAGGCACAACGCUGGGAGAGAUCAGUGCUCGGAAAAGAAAAGAAACUUCUAAUAUGAUAGAUGGCAAUCUAUUAUCCUGGAUUUUCUUAUUGGCUUUUAUAGGGAUCUUGAUCGUUAGCAUCUAUGCCUUCUAUAAUCUUUACAUUGCAGUGCUAAAGAGAUUCCCAUCCCAUCAUACGGAAUUAUAAAAAGAUUAUGUGAAAACAAAAGGAGCAAAGCUUAAAUUUUCGCAAAUUUUCAACGAUAUAAAAAAAUCGGCCUUGUUUAAUUUUCCCAUUCCAUAAAUAUCCCAACAAGGGAAAUUCCAAUGCCGCUAUGUUCCUUUUGCUACAAAUUGUUUGACCGAUAUGUGUUCGAUUUUUUUCAAUAAAGAAACGAUAUUAUAGAAAA